AUGGUUGUGAAAAGACCAUUUUUUGAACAUAUAAAUUAUAAUUGCCCGAAACGAAUAAAAAGAGAACCAAAAAAUGAAAAUAAAAAGCAGGAGCCUAUUAAAGCUAGCAGUUCAAACAAUUGGGCUGAAAGUUUAUUACCGUCAUUACCUGAAGAAAUUCAAGCCUUGAUAAAUGAUAAUGAGGUCCAAAAUGUUAUUGAUAAAAUUAUACAGCUUAAUCACUUAAGUCCAUGGGCGUAUGAUUGUUUAAGUAAAAUUGCUCAAUUUAAUCCAUUGAUAAUUGAAGAAAAGCUAUCGGAUGUAUUUAAAAAAAUUCUUCUAUCAAAAAAAGUAUCUGAGGCUGAAAAAUCAUCGUACUCAGCACUCUUACUAACUAUUUUAGAGGCUUGUGCACGACUCAGACGCGAAACUAAACUUGUACCAUGGAUUCUGAUGGCUCUUGACACCCAUGUAUCAAGUGAUUUAAAUCAAAGAGCUAUUGAUAUUCUCCCAAGUACAUUUAUUGAAAAAUUUACUCUAUUGACUUGCAAUAUGACCCACUCUCAAAUAAUCAGCGUUCUUAUGAGCUUCAUUUAUCACAUAGAUCUCAUAAAAUCACAAUCUUCUCUCAAAGGUAAAACUAUUUUAAUUGAUACCGUGGGUCAUUUAUUAGUAGCAUUUUUUGAUGGAGUUCAUAUACUGAGUAGCAAUACACCUGAAAAUAUGCAAAAAAAAUUUAUUGAUGGUUUAAUUAAAUUGGGAAAUAUUUUAAAACAGUUUGUCGCAAUUGCUUUCACUCAUAAAAAAAGUAAUGAAAUAAUUAUUGAGUCUAUACUGGUUGUCAUUAAAUCUUGGAAAGCAUUAAUUGCUUCAAUCAAAAAAUAUUCUGACGCACUAACUGAAGAUUUAAUGACUUCAGUCAGGCAAAUUAUUGAUGAUAUUAAUCAAUUAGUUAAUACAAAGGAUCUUAAUAACUUGGAUAAUUGUUGGGAAAUGAUAAUUGAGAAAUAUCCAGCCACUAUUGCACGGAUGAAUGAGUUGCAGAUUAACGGGUUGGCUCGUUUAUUACUAGCUAACACACACUUUUCAGUUGAAAAUCUUUUAUUGUCUACUCCAGUUUCUUACUAUCAUGUACAAAAUGAUAAGCCGUUGGUGAUUCAGUGUGUUUAUAAUAUUUUUCAUGAUUUAAAUGAAAAAAUGAGAGAAUCUACUGGUACAACGAAAAAACUGUUGGAGAUAAUUAGUAAGAAAAAGUGGAAAAGUAAACGGAUUAAAAAAAUUUUGACUGAGUGCAAAGAAAUUUUUUACAAAGCUGAGUGGUUGUCAAUCGAUCAAAAGUUCGUUAAUUGUAUUGUAAAAAAUUUACAAAUACUUGGUUUAAAGCUACCUUUGAUGUAUUUAACAACGGAAUUGAGGACGGUUAUAUUUUUAAUUAUUUUUGCAAUUAAAAAAGAGGGAGAAAAUUAUUCGAGUAUCACAGAUUUAAGUCUUCGUAUUUUGUCAGAUGUUUCAGAAAAUAGUAAUAUUGACAUUUUACAAUAUCUUGAUCUAGAAUUACUUGUCAAUGAUUUAUUGAAGUAUGAAUCAAUUAGAAAAAUCUUUGAGUAUUCACUACGCAAUGUUAAUCACUACGAAAAAAUUGGAACCUUUGUAAAGGAUAAUAAAAACAUUGUUAACUGUGCAGCACCUAUUUUAAUCGAGUGUUUAGAAAAAGUAAGAUCUAAAAUAGUAGUGAAAACUGAAAAAAUUGUUGUUAAAAAAUUGCAAAAAAAACUGUGCAAACGAAUAUUGAAAUCUUUAGAGGGAGGUAUCAAAAGCCCGUACGACGUUAAAAGCUUCAGAGCAGCAGUUAAAGUUUCAAUAUCGACGAAAAAAGUUGAUGAUUCCUUACUGGAAAAAAUUAAACAGACAAUAGAUUUUAUUUUUGGUAACAAUAUUGAACAACUAGAUCUAGAAAAUAAUCCUUUAGUCGAUGAAGGCUUGCAAUUGAUUCAAAUUAUUUUAUUACAUCGUGCGAAUUUAAAGAUUGAUGAUACAAUAGUCAAGUGUAUCUGGAGUUUGAUGAUGAGAAAAAAUGUACCCGAUAUUGUAUAUAAUUUAAUAAAUGCAACUCCUUCAAAAGUAUUGGAAGAACAGUUGAAUACACUUGAGAAAAAAACGAUACAAAGUCUUGUAAAUUAUAACGAAACGAUGUUUAAAAAUAAUUUAUCAAUAUGGUGUAGUAUAGCUCAAACAGACAAAGGACAUGAUUCAAAUAGUGUUUGCCAAAAGCAUUAUCAAACACUGAUGAGAAGUUUUAGUACAUGGACAAUAACAAGUGAUAAUUAUUCUGGUAUUUUGAAAUUUUGUCAGGUGAUAGUCAAAGCAAAAAGAUCAGAAAUAAAUGACCUGCUUAUUGACUUGAUUAUACUUGUCUGCAAUCUGUUUGUUAAUAAUUCAGGCAAUGGGACGAUCGAUUUAUAUGAACACGUCACGGAAAUCUGUUUAGCUUUUCUCAAACAUCGAACUGCUAAAAUAACUAGUCGAUUGCCAGCUUUAUUGACUUUGUAUCGCAAGGUUGUGAAAUUUGUUAUCGAUGAAUCCAAAAAAAUUCCUACAAGUACUGAAUUGCUUUGUCUCGUUUUAAAUACUCAAAAAUUGGCAGUUGCUUUUGUAAAAUUGAAAAAAGAUAUUGCGAGAAUAAUUCCAUAUACAAUUGCAGAUAUAAUACAAAUGUAUUCGGAAGGUGUUAUACCAACUUACAUCAAGGAGCCAUUAGAUGAUUCAAUAAAUAUAUUUCUAAGUGUUUGUGAUCAGCAUGCCGUUUCAUUACUUUUACGGACACUUCCAUCAUCAAUGCAAGAAAUAUUUAAAACAUCAUACGAUACUUAUACUAAAUUUUAUAAAUUUACUGGAAAAAUUUAA